GUUUGUUUUCUUUUCACAGGAGCUGCCGUUAUAAAGACCUGACUUGGGAGAAAUCCUGAGUCGCCUGUGACAUCAAGAUCAAGAUCGACAAGACGUGUUUGUGUUUGUUUACAGUCGCCGCCACGCAGACCCGUGCUGAUGCAGAAGUGACUGCUUGGUGAGACCUUUUGAUGGAGGACGAGGACCUCUGCAGGGAGUGUAAAAAUGAUAGAGAGAAGGAGUCAUCGAGGUAGCUGAGGAAGGCCAGGAUGGAAGACUCUGUCCUGGAGGUGGUGGAGGGCGAGGUGGAGAUCAUGAGGAGUGCAUAUUGUGAAGAGUUUUGUGACCUGCGGGAUCAAGAUGUGUGGAAGGUGGCGCGGCCCCCUGAUGUGCAGAUUACUCUGGGGCCGCACCACUCACAAGGGGGAACACUGCAUGCCCAUGUUAAAGUUGUCCUGAGAAUAACUACCACUGCUGGGUACCCUAAUGAACCAGCUACAGUUAGAAUUGAAUCCUAUAGUGGCCUUUCUGAUAAGGAAGGGCUAGAGUUGUACAAUCAGAUGCAGAAAAAAGCACAGGAGUUUGCACAAAGUGGAACGGUCGUGAUGUUGGAGCUCUGUCAACAAGCUCAGAAUUACUUGAGUGAGCAUGCAAGACCUUACAGUGAUAGCAUUUAUGAUGAGAUGGUGGCAGAGCAAGAGUCCAGGAGAAAGGCUGAUCAAAGAGCUGAGGAAGAAAUUCAGAGGCUGCGAGAAAUACGAGAAGAGGCACAUCGCAACACCAUGCAGGAGGAGGUUGCAAGAAAAAAGGAGGAGCUCAAGGAGGAAGAAAGGCAAAGACGAGGACGCAAAUUCCAACCUUUCUUCGUAGUUGAUAAAGGGAGCGACCGACAGCAGUCCAUGGACUUGUCGGAAUCUCCAACUUCCAGACGAAUGAAGGAUCGUUCACUAUCCGAAUGCAGCAGUGAAAGUGGCUCAGGAGACCAAGUGGUACACUUUCAUGUUACGGGGAAGCAGGAGCGGGUGGUGGUCCUGGUGGGGUGCAUGGGGACCCGCGUGACCCAGGGCUGCUGCGUCCUGGAGGCACAAGAGAAAAACUCGCUGGAAAAGUGUGUCAUGUACGAGUGGACCAUCAGACAGAAAAGAAGCGGAAGGAAAGGAAGUCGUGUCAAAUUUGGUCAAGAGAGUCAGUUUGAAGAAUUAGUGGCAAAAUUUUGUGCUUUAGAAAAAGAAAUGACUUCAUUAUUAAGAUUGUCUCAUGACCAUCUGAUCCAUUAUCUGGGAAUCAAGGUUAACAAUCGCCAUAAUGAAGGAAUGCAGGUGUACCUACUACAAGAGUAUGUGCAAGGCCUUCCUGUCAAGUACUUCAUUGACUGUAAGAUUCCCCUGAACCACACACCGGCCAUCAGGCACAUCACAGAGGGAACUUUACAGGCUUUAAAUUACAUGCACCAGAAUAAUGUUGUGCAUAGGGACCUUAGAGACUCCUGUAUAUUUUUGGAUAUAAAAAGCCAGAAAGUCCGAGUAGCUGACUAUGGUAUUGAGAGAAGGAUAGUUGAAGUAGUGUCGGAGUUUCAUGAAGUUGAUGUGCCGUCUGCAUACCCUCUCUCCCUUGGACGUGGAGGGAAGAAGGGGGAUGUGUAUCGCCUUGGCUUCAUCGUCCUCUCCCUCAUUCUUGGGGAAAGAGUCCAGCAGAUUGUGCCAAACAUACCAUCCUCUGUGAGUGGUGAUCUUCGAGACUUUCUUCAGCGAUGCUUGGAGGUCAAUGAGCAGGAGAGGUGGACUGCAGAAAGCCUCUUGUCACAUAGCUUUAUUAGUAACACUGGAGGUGAAAAGGUGGAUGAAAACAAGAAUCCCGGCAGUAAAUUUUCCCAUUUCCAGCUUUCCCCAGCUGCUCCUGAAGCCAAUGAUAAGGAUGAAAAGGGUUCCUCAGAGGCAGAAGUUGAGUCCUCAUCGGAUGUCUUGCUGCACUUUCCCUCCAAUCUGCGAGGACACUCCCGGCUAGACCAGGAGUAUGCCAUCCUGGAGUCACUGGGUCAAGGGGGAUUUGGCCAUGUUUUUAAGGUUCGUAAUAAGGUGGAUGACAGAAUCUAUGCCUUAAAAAGGAUUCAGUUGGACCAGCAGAGUGAAGUGGUGAGGAGAAAGAUCAUCCGUGAAGUAAAGCUUCUGUCGUCCCUCAACCAUGAGAAUGUCGUCCGAUAUUACACGUCUUGGAUUGAUGAGUUUGAACAAGACAUAGAAGAAGUGCAAGAUGAUGAUGCCACAGAUUCAUCCAUGUCAGUUGAUAUAAACAUCUCAACUUCGUCCAUCCAGUUCACUGAUGAAUUCUCCAAAGACACAAGUGAUGCCAAAACUGGCGAGACAUCCCCAACCCUUGCCUCGGAGAUGACUGAGAAUUCUGAGAGUAGCAUUUUGUUCUGCGACCACCAAGCUGAGCUGCUCUCCCCUGACUUUGAUGAAGAGAGUGAUGAAGAUGAUGAUGAUGACUGGUUAAUGGAAAGCUUAAGGCCAACAUUUGAAGAAGUUGAAGAGUCGGAUCAUGUGGAGUCCCUCGCCUCCAAGGACGAACUGGCACAGUCUGGCCUGAAGCCGGACUCGGUGGAUGGCAGCAAGGCCGCUUCACAGGGCCCCAGGGUAAAGAAACUCAAGUUUCUUUACAUUCAAAUGCAGCUGUGUGAGAAAAGCACAUUAAGGCAAGCUAUUGAUAACGGUCUGUAUCUGGAUGAUGACCAGAGGUGGAGGUUAUUUAGAGAGAUGGUGAACGGGCUUGACUACAUACACUCUCAGGGCCUGAUUCACCGGGACCUGAAGCCAGGCAACGUUUUCCUCGACUCCAGUGACCAUGUUAAGAUAGGUGACUUUGGGCUUGCAACGGCAGCAAUCAAAGCAAAAACAACAGUUGGCAUAAUAUCCAAAUCGGAUGUGGAGGAGAGCAAAGAUACCUUUUUAACAGGUCAAGUUGGCACUACUCUCUACAUUGCACCAGAAAUAACUAAAGCAACUGGAAAAGUAUCAUACACCAAUAAGGUUGAUAUAUACAGCUUAGGGAUCAUCUUUUUUGAAAUGGGAUAUCCUCCACUAACAACUGGCAUGGAAAGAGUUAAGGUUCUUUCAGAUCUAAGAAAGCCGGAGAUUAUUCUGCCCAAAGAUUUUCCAAAGCAGAAAACCACAUCACACUGUGAACUGAUACACUUGCUCCUCCAACAAGAUCCUCAAGCAAGGCCCUCCACAACAGAUAUUCUCAAGUCUCCUCUUUUGCCUCCUCCAACUGCAGAAGAACAGAAGUUUGUUGCUACUCUGGAAGCUAGAUUACAAAAUGUCAGAUCUUCGGAUUACCAGGAAAUUCUCAAUCUUGUGUUUAAGCCCUCGGCUCAGCCAGAACUGGAGGCAACAUUCGAAGUGAGACAUGAGUGUUCCUCAGAUUACUGGCAGUAUUGGAAAACUGACUACUUACACUCACUGAUAACUGCAAUAUUUAAGGCUCACAGAGCAAUAUGGGUCCCUAACUCUUUUUAUGUUCCCAAAGGUUCAUUUUAUACAGAUAAAGAUAAUCUAGUCACUCUCAUGGCAAGUAGAGGGGAACUGGUCUCAGCUCAGUAUGAUCUGCGGUACCCUUUCGCUCGCUUUGUCGCACGGAAUGACGUAAUGUCUCUCAGAAGGUACUGUAUUGAUCGAGUGCAGCGAGCAUACAAGGUGUCGGGGAUCCACCCUAAGGAGUCCUUUGAGUGUGCAUUUGAUGUUGUUUCCUCAAAGAGAGAGUCAUCAGAGUCUUCAGCAAGGGUUCUUCUUGCUGCCCAAGAUGUAAUUCAGCAAGUUAUUCAGAGAAGAAGCCAAGAUGUUUACAUUCGUCUGGGACACAUGGAUUUGGUUCACGUCAUACUGAUGUACUGCGGGAUAGAUGAACAGUUACAUCCUCAAGUUUUAUCUCUUUUAAAGGAAUGGAACACAACAAGAAUGGUGUUGGACACACUCAUUGACUUCCUGUUUACACUUGGAGUGUCUAAGUCCUCGACAGAAACACUAAAAGGCUUCCUUUACAUGGAUGGUCCCCUGGAGGAUGUUGUAAACACUUUGCAGAACAAAGGGCUGAGUUCACGGCGCAAGGGCAUAAUGGGCAGCCUUAAGAUGGUGUUGGCAGACCUCACGGAGAUCAAGGAAACCUCUGUCACCAUGGGGGUCAAGUUUGAGAUCCGCCUCCGUCCACUCAUGAUAGCAGACGCUAGUGUGUACUGUGGAGUCAUGUGGCAGUUCUUGAUGGAUGUAAACAGGAAAAGGAAAGUAACUCAAGAUCUCCUUGCACAAGGAGGCUCCUAUGAACACCUGAUUCAUCAACACAGGAGCAAGUUGGUUUUUGCAAAAAAGACUGGAGACCUGCCUGCUGCAGUGGGAGUGAGCUUGUUCCUGGAGAAGUUUGUCGGUUGCAUCGAGGACGUGAAGGACCUGGUGGCUGCCGGCCGAGGGGAAGUGUCUCAGGUCGUGAGUGGCUUGGGCUGUGGGUCUGGUGCACUCGCAGUUCUGGUGUGUGCCAUAGGACAGAAGCAGCUAAAGGACCGCAUCAAUCUUUUCAAUAAUUUUAGAGCAGCAAAAAUUAAUGUGGACCAUUGCCAUUGUCUAACACAGAAGGAAGCAGAGUCAGUGAUGGAAGAUCUUUGUGUUUCCAAUGUUGUGAUGCUGACGAGCUCUGACAAGGCAGACGUUAGGAUCUGCAAUGACCCCACGAGUCGCACUCUUGAGAGGAAGAUUCCUCUUGAGAAAGUUGUUGAAUUUGUUCUUAAAAAUCUGGGAGUAAAUGAAAUAUCUGCUCCCAAUAAUUAUUCAAGAUGUGACAGCAAAUGUCCAGGUGUCAGCAGCACGGAAGAGUCUCCAGCCCUGGCCAUCCAGUACAUCACCAGGAAACAGUCCAAGAUCAAAGAUGCGCCCAAGUUGGACUCACAGAUCACUCGUGAUGUAAACACUGCACUGAGUCGUUGGCAGUGUGUUAACCUCAAUGCCAGCGUGGAGGUGUGGGCGGUUGAGCUGGACAAGAAAACACUGCUGGCCCUUGCAUCUCUGGACACAGACUCCAGUGUUAAGAGCUUCAAUGAGAGUGUUGCAGACAUAAAAAAUAUGUUUCCAGAUCAGAAAGACUACUUGGAGGAAAUCUGCAAACUGAUUCAGAAAAGGAUAUUCAAUAAAAAGAAAGUGGAAAAAUUUGUUCCACUCAUUCUUUACGGUAUUUCAUCAAACACCUGCAAAAGAAUAUUCUAAGAUUUAUUGGAGUGGAGGACAGAUGUUUUAUGUUCUCUUAUCUGUUGAAAGUUAAAUUGUAUUUUUUAUGUACAUCACACUGAAAUACGUCUACGUGUCUUAGAUUUUAUUUUCACUACAGAGUCAUUUGUGUUUACUACUAUGAUGCCCAGUGAAGUGUUUGAGUGAAGACUGACUGAGGCACCCAGUAUUAUAAUUUUAUCAGCACUCAACUGUUGUGAGUAGUAGGUGAUGAUCAUAUUGCUGGCCACUUAUAAGAAGCAAGUGACUUCAUAUGUGUGUGUGUGUGUGUGUGUGUGUAAUUCACCACGGCCUGAUCACGUGUUGGACUCGUAAUCGCCAGCAGGUACCCUCCCGACAUGAGCAAAUGUGCUUUAUCAUCGAUCUGUGGGUACUGCCAGGUUUGGAAUGAGACUUUUGCUUUCUCUUAAGUUCUUUCCGUAACAAGAACAAAAAAGAAAGGUCUUGUGCUGUCUUGGGUUCAUUUCAGACAUAAGUGUAUAGCUGAAUAGAUGAUUAUGUUUUAUUUAUAUUGAUGGUUUGUGUCUGCAUGUGUGAAUGAGCAAUGGUGCUGCCCAAUGAUCUGGGUGAUCUUUCCUUCUGACAAUGCUAUAACAUAAGUGUAAUGGCAGGAUUGCUAAGCCAAGCCACACACUGUUUCAUGUUAUGUAAAAGUCAUUAAUCAUAUAUAUUAAUGUGUAGUGCUGAUAUACUUAGCUUUUUUUUUUCUUAGUAAGGGUAGACCACAGGCUCCACCCUUACUAAGCAAAAAAUAAAUAAAUUAAUUAAUUAAAUAAUUAAUAAAAGAUUAAAGAAAAAAAAAGAAAAGCUGAAUAGUACAUUAGCAAUACAUAUUACUAAAUACCAUUUACUGAGCCAAACAUGACAUGGAAAACAACAGUGUGUGGCUUGGCUCAGUAGUCCUGGCAUUACUUGAGGCUCUAAGGAAGCUGCAAUGGGUCAGGCAGCCUAGCAGCUGACUCUGACUGACAGUUUAGCACUUGGUAUUAUGUGAUAUUAUAUGAAGUGGAGUUUUUUUCAUAAGAUUAUAAAAGUGUAAGGCUCUCUUUUUCACUCGUAGAUAUAUUCAAUGAAAACUGUAGGUCUGUUUUCGAAUAUAUAUAUGUGUGUGUGUGUGUGUGUGUACGUGUGUGCGUGCGUACGUGCUAGUCUAGUGGAGAAUUGCAACAGAUGAUAGAAUAUCUAAACAGGGAAAAUCUUAAAAUUUGGUUAAAGAUAAAUAAAAAUACUAAACUUUAUGUUCAGUGCUCAUGCUCAUAUUAAGAAAUAGUCAUCUAAUUUUUAUCUUUAUUACCAUUUUGCUUUGAGCAAGAGGCCCUUAUUGUGUAUGUAUUCCCUCAUGACACAUGGGUCAGAGACAAACAUUGAACAAGUCUCUAGAAGGAAAUUUAGAAGUGUCCAAAGAAAAGGAGAAUGAGGAGUGCUGGGAUGCAUCGUAAUUGAUUAGAAAAUGCAAAUUGACAAGAGAACAAAUGAAAGUAGAAGUCAUGAUGGAGACACACUUCAGAUAUGGCAAUGAUGAAUACCUAUAUGUAUGUAAGGGGGAGGACAACAGAUGGAUAAAAAAGGAACAGACUGAAAUAACUUAAACAUGGAAGACUCAAGGGAUGGCCACUCACCAUAUAGUGUUAUGAACAAAUGUUUACCUUGAGACAGGAAACUAGAGGCACAAGACAGAAGUGAAUGUAAACAAAUGGGAGUAGAAGUAAAAUGAAACAAAUUGCUGAUUCUGUGGAUGAGAUGUUCCCCAAGAUGGAUACAAAAACAUUGCCCAGUAAAAUGACUUUGUAAACCAAUUAUGACAUGUCUGGAAAAUGCCUGUCAGCCUUAUAUGACUUACAGGUGCUACAAAAACUAAUAGCAAUUGUGUCUAAAAAUGUUGAAAGGCUGCAAUAUGUCAUCUAGUUUUAAUAUCUUCCUCUGUGAUAUACAUUGUAAUAGCUCAGACAGUUAAAGUAUGCAUAGGUUUUCAUUUUAAUAAAAGAUAGAACACACAUACGUAUAGGUUCUAAGUUUAAUAUAAGAUAAAAUAUGUAUAGGAUUUAAUUAAAUAUAAGAUAAAAUAGAUAUAGGUUCUAAUUUUGAUAAGAGAUAGCCACUCUGAGGAGGCAAGGGGUUCUGGGGGGCUCUGUGGUGUAAACUGCUCGACUCAACCAAGAAGUUUUGAGUUUGAUCCUAUCUAACGGUAGCUUCUGUGUGAGAGAUGUAGCACUCUCCUGUGACCUUAUCAGAGCUAUAUGAUCUUCAGCUGCCUAGUACAAGGGGAGUCAUUGAUCAUAAUCUGAUGAGGCAAAGGAUAAGGUAGUAAAAAGAAACUGAAUUGAUUGAAUGACAAGCAUGCCAGCAGCAAAGAAUUUUCAAUGAGGGACAUUGACACUAAGUCUUUAAUCAUGUGGAAUAUUAACACUUAUAUAGCAUGUGCUGGAAAUGUGGAAGUGAACAUAGUAAGAAAUGUCUGGGUCAUGUCGAAUUGAAAAUCUAGGAACAAAAGAAAUGUUAUAGAAAAUAUUGUGCAAGGCAAGAAGGCAAUGUUUAACCCGGUAGCAUCGACGGGCCAAAUUUGUGCCAUGAUUUAACCCCCCAAAAAUAGAUAAUACUGAAAAUGAUCACAAAUGCUUUGAUAUAUAUUAUGAAAUGGUUUGUGUGAGUGAUGAUUUUUUUCUCAUUUUUCUUGCUUAGAGGGACCAUUAAGAAACAUGAUCCCCGCUGCUACUGGGUUAAAUGUGUACUAUACAGUCAUAAUGAUAAUUGGACAGAGUGGUGAAGUAAAUCUGUCAAUGAAGUAAAGUAAAAUGAAUAGGAAUAGCAUAUAUGGAGGUGGAGAUGUGAUGGACUCUGCAUGCAUGGUGAGAAGUGGAGGAUGUAGAGAGGAGGAUGACUGAAUGGCUGGAGUAGAAAAAGCUGAGAGGCAAGUGAAUUUAUUUAAGUUAUCACUUUUUUAAUGUGAAAACCACUGCUUGGCUCAGUCUGAUAAGCUAUGAGGAAUUGUUCAAGACCCAUGACACUGUUGUGCUUAACCCGGUAGCAGCGGGGAUCAUGUUUCUUAAUGGUCCCCCCAAGCGAGAAAAAUGAGAAAAAAUCACCCCUCACACAAACCAUUUCAUAAUAUAUAUCGAAGCAUUUGUGAUCAGUUUAUUCAUCAUUUGUUUUGGGGGGUUUAAAUCAUGGCACAAAUUUGGCCCAUCGGAGCUACUGGGUUAAGGGUGAUGUAAGGGUUAAUAAUGCAAGAGAUGAAAAAUUAUAAUAUGAGUAAUUUCACCAGGCAGUUUUUCUUCUUCGGCUCAUCACCUUGCCCAUGCCUAAAACAAGGUUUCUGAUAAUAAAUAAAUUUAACAUGAUAAUGCAUGGGGAAGCAAUGCAUUGGUUUGCACUUUUAGGAUUUGGCCUUAAAUAUUAAAUGGAUGGACUGGAUUAUUGGUUUCAUCUUAGUUUGUCAUGAAAGCUGUAAAUUGUUCAUGAACAUUGGUGAUCAUGUGAGACUGUGGUCACAGCCAUUUUGGGGCUCUGGCCAAGAAAGUGUAAUAUUAUAGUAAAGCCUGGGCCAGCUUUCUCCUUUGACCAUUUCUGUUCUGCUUGGGGCUUCGUGGUGCAGUGGUUAGCACACUCGGCUCACAAGCGAGAGAGCCUGGGUUCGGUUCCCGGGCGGAGUGGAAAAAUUUGGGCGGCUUUUCCGAUACCCUACGCCCCUGUCCACCCAGCAGUGAAUGGGUACCAGGUAUUAAUCGGGGGUUGUGUCCCGUCUCCUGGGAUCUGUUCCCUUUUCCUAUAAUUCCUUCCCCUUCUGUCUCUCUCUGGCCACAGAUGUUGCGCCGACUAAAUGAAACUUUCUGUUCUGCUUCUUGAAGUUGUAUUUAUAUCUGUAUCACAAGUAAUAUGCUGGUGGUUAUGAGACAUGUAUAUAUAGUAUGAAGACCUUACUUUAUAUACUAAAUUAUUUUUUGAGACAUUUACAGCCACCCUGAUUAAAGGAAAUGUUAUUUGGGUGCUUGCAUGUGACCUGGCAGAAGCACAAGGGCAAUUAAUAGCACUUCUGUUGUGUACGUCGUGCCUCACUAACUCUACAUUGUAUACCACCAUUCACACUGUCUGCCUUGUCUGUGAGAACAAUAUUGGUGUUGACAAUUGUGUUUUAUCUUUGGUCACUUUCACAACUUCCUGAGACCAUAAGUUGUGUACAAAACAAAAAGUAGCCAUUGCUUUAAUGUGUUACUUGACACCUGUAGGUUAUGUGCCACUGGUCCAGUGCCCUCACACGGCAUGGGUAAGCCGACCCUGACACUUGUAUUUAGUUUGAUGAAUAUUUUUUUAUGAAAAAAUUGUACGAGUGGAUACAGCACAAGGGCUGGCAGCUCUCUCCAAGUCUGUUUUGUAAAAUUCAAAAGAGAAUUAAUAAACCUAUUGAAGACAU